AUGAUUAUCUACAAGGACAUCAUUACCGGAGACGAGAUCAUCUCGGACUCCUACGACCUCAAGGACAUCGAUGGCAUUGUCUUCGAGGCCGACUGCGCCAUGAUUACCGAGGGCGCCGUCAGUGUCGACACCGGCGCCAACGCCUCCGCCGAGGAGGCUGACGAGGGUACUGAGGACGCCGAGAUCAAGGUCAACAACAUUGUCCACUCUUUCCGCCUCCAGUCCACCCAGUUCGACAAGAAGAGCUUCCUUGGCUACCUCAAGGGCUACAUGAAGGCUGUCAAGACUGCCCUUCAGGAGAAGAACGCCCCCGCCGAGAAGAUCACCGCCUUCGAGAAGGGUGCCCAGAAGUACGUCAAGGAGACCCUCCUUCCCAACUUCAAGGACUUUGAGUUCUACACUGGCGAGUCGAUGAACCCCGAUGGAAUGGUCGUCCUCCUCAACUAUCGCGAGGAUGGUGUCACCCCCUACAUCGUCGUCUGGCAGCACGGCCUCGAGGGCAUGAAGGUUUAA